AUGGGACCAGAAGAGAAACAUUUGCUUGUGGUGGAGUAUCUCAUGAGCCCGCACGAAGAUAACAAGCUUAAUAAAUUUGCAGUUGGAAUGGUGGCGACCGAAGACACGACAAGUACUGUACCUGGGCAGAUAGAAUCGCCAGGCACUUUCGGAAAACUACGCCAAACACUUUCUUCAUCGUUACUCAACGCCCAAGACAAAGUAACAAAACUAGGCCCAAAACAAGGAGUGACGGAAAAUGCGGUCGAACCAGCGCCGACCCCACCACCAGGCCAGCCGCCGCCCGCCGCGCAACCUAAAACCGAGCGCGAACCCGGCAAAGCUCCAUCUCGUGCCGGUGCAUGUCGUGUCUGCUUGAAGGCACUGAAGCCUGGUGAGGUGUUUCAUGUCUGCAACGGAUGCCAGCAUCGCGUUUGCGAGGACUGCUCGUCAUAUUCGAAGCCGGCUAGUGACGAUGAAGCGAACUCAUGGAGGUGCUCAGUGUGUCGUCGAAAGGCAGCCCCGCGACUCCCACCGGCCGCGCAGGACAGCACAGAUUCUCUGUUGGAUGUGCCGGUACUGGACGCACUGCAGCGACGACAUUCAGAAGCUCGCCUCGGCAGCGGAGGCUCUGGGUCCGGCCUCGCACCGCCGCGCUCCCCAGAACUACGUCGGCACUCUGACGUGUCACCGGCCUCACUCAAGGAAUUGGAAAAAUCAACGCCCAGGGUAAUUGUCACUCAAACCCGUUUCUGCCCACUACGAACGACAGGCGUGAAGUUGAAGGGCGGCGGGAGCGCUACCCCAGCGGCGUCCGAGUCCCGGCGUCCCAGCGCAGCUACCCCAGUGCGCAGACGCUCCGUGCGAGCCCCUCGACAGCGCUCUGUGGACGAAGACCAACACUCUCCCGUGCACCAGCCUGUUUUAGCUGCACCACCUCCUAUGUCUAGAAGAGCGUCAGCAGUAGAUGUGGUGGCGGGAGCGGGAUCACGUAGGAGCUCCUAUCGCACGGAAGAUGACUCACCUCCGCAAAUAUCGGGACUGAGUGUCGACGAGGAUAGACCGAUUAGACGCCGCGGCAGUCAGCUACCAGAUAUAGCUGCGCUACAGCAGCGUACGGGUGCAUUAAGUGCAAUGGCGUCUCUGGCGGGCCGCUGUCCUGAGCCGACCGUCGAUUCUUCAGUCGUGUCAGCCGCGGCUGCAGCCGCUGCUAGGCAGAUGUCCGUCGACGCAGAAGCUAUAAAAAUCGUCAUCCACGACGUCGACGAUCGCACACCGCGACGCGUCAGCCUGCGCCGCGAUCCCAAUGACAAGGGACAUAGAUCACGGGGUUUUGGGAUGCGCGUAGUCGGCGGCAAGCCAGACGCGAGCGGACGCCGCGAGGCCGUCAUAGUGUGGACAGUCCCGGGGAGCCCUGCCGACCUCGCGGGCCUACAGCAAGGCGACAAGGUAUUGGAAUGGGACGGAGUUCCACUGACUGAGCGUAGCUUCGAGGAAGUUUGCGCGGUGUUGGAGCGCGGCGGUGACAGCGUGGAGGUUCUGGUGGAGCCCGCCCCGCAGCUGGACGAUCCGCCGCUGACUACUCAGCCGACGUUACACCAUCACGCAUUAUACGAACCUGAAACCGACAAAUCUCCAUCGUCGCCGACUCGACGGAAAUUGCCGAAAACCCCGGAACAAGACCGCGCGGAGAGGGCUCGUGAGCGUCCACCGGCACGCGCUCAACUGCAAGUCUGGUUCGAGAGUGAAAUCCGAAAGCUAGUGGUCGUACUCAUUGCAGCCGACGACCUGCCGCCACGAGACUACACUUUGGGAUACGGCGACGAACCAGAAGCUUUUGCUAGAAUACGACUAUUGCCCUCACUAGAAAGUUGUCCUCCAGUGGAAACCGAUCCAGCUUCAGCAUCAUGCAGCCCCGUGUGGAACGCUACACUGGGCUUCGGAGGAUUAACAGCAGAUUUACUGGCUGGAAGAGCCCUCGAGCUAACUCUCUGGGAUGCUUGCCCUGGAAUAGAUCCUGUUUUGAUUGGAGAGUGCACCAUGGAGCUGGAGAAAGCGUUUGCAGAGGAGCGCGCAGUCUGGUGGACGCUGGAGGAGCGCGGGACUCGGUCCGCUAAUGCGUCACCGCGAGGCUCGCUAACAGGCGCCCGGGCUCUGCGCCGUGGUGACUUCGCAUCGCAACGAUCGAUUUCUGAUGAUGUUGACUCAAUCGGGGAAUGUGCGUCCCUUCUGCAUCCCGACCACGCUUGGGUAGCCGGCUCUCGUCGAGGAUCUUCUCAAUCCGAAACAUUGGAAGUAGAAGUCUACCAGCUCGGAAAAGACUUUUCUCGAUCUUUGCCUGGCUCGCGUCGCUCUUCUUUCCAACAACAAGAAAAAGACGGCGUUGGCGAAGUGGUGCCGCGUCGCAACGAGCGUCGCCGGUCGUCGUGCGUACGCCGUGACCCGGACGACAUCCUGCGCUCACUCCGCGCCGUCAAGGGAGAGCUGGGCCGUACCCUCUCCCUCUCUGGCUCCACCGCCAGGCGCACGGCGACGGGCCGCAAGGGCAGCAUGUGGGCGGCGGUGCCAGCGGCUGCGGCUUGCGACGCGCUCGCCGACGACGAAGACGUCGUGCCGCUCGGCCCGGGACAGCUACCUCCACGAAACGCACACUUGCCUCCUCUACACGCAGAAAUGAAUAUCAGCAUCAUUAUGAUCAAGGGACAACUGGAACUCGAGGUAUCUCAUGCGAGGCGAGUGUAUGGCGUGAACGGUGAGGUUCCAGACUCGUAUGUUAAAUGCUAUCUGCGAGACGGCGACAAAUGGCUACAUAAACGCAAAACACGCGUCAUCAGACGUACGACCGAACCUCACUUUAAGCAAACCCUAAAAUAUCAAGCGAGCGAGGCUCUUGGUCGUACUCUGGUGGUGAUGCUGUGGCAGCGUUGCGGCGGAUUCGAGCACAACCUGGCACUGGGCGGUGCAGAGAUAUGCUUAGAUAAGUUGACGCUGCCACAGCGCACUUAUGGCUGGUACCCACUAUUCCCGGCCACGUCCUUCGCCGCUGACGAGUCGCCAGACUGAUCCAGGGAGCCGUCGCCGGAGCGCCGCGAUGACUACUAGCGCACCCACGACGGCCUACAAACCUGUAUACCACUUAUCAAUCGUAUUACAUAUCACUUAACAAUCGAACUCAAGUUACACUAGAUCUUAAUCAUCAUCAUCAUCAGCCUUUAUCUGCCCACUGCUGAACAUAGACCUUCCCCA